AUGUCAACUUCAUUUUUGAAGAGCCUAAUGGAAAAGGCAUCAUCAUACUACAACUUUUCGCUUUACCUGAACCAAUUCCCGACCACUUCUAUCGCCUACUACGAAGGCAACAACAAAGCUGCAGGCCUGGUGAAUAUCGUGUCACCUUUUACAAUUUUCAAAGUACUUGCAGAUCUGUUGCAAGCUAAGUAA